AUGAGCUUCAGCGAGUGGCUCUCGACCGAAGCGGUCCGCGCCGCCACCACGAGCCUGGCGAUCUGGGCUGCGAAGCCCGAGUGUCCUCCGUGCACCUGCAAGCCCUCGCUGGUGUGCGGCAGCGGGCUGGAACCUCACAGACAGGACUGCCCACCUCAGGUGGGGACCUGGCCGCUGUCAGCCGUCGUGCUGGCCGCGGUGCUGGGCCUGGCCGCAGGCGCGGUGCUGGGCCGCGGGUUCGCUCCGCCUGCUCCGGCGCGGGCUCUGGCGGCGAUCGACCAGUUCGAGGAGGAGGCCCGGGCCCAGGCUGCUCUGGUUCGCGGGCGGCUGCAGGUCGGGGGGGCGAGGAUCUGGCACGAGCGCCUCAUCCUGGCCUUCCAGCCCGUCGCGCCGUUCGGAUGCGGGAUCCUGACCCCGGACGGCCACGGCUACGUCGAGGUCAUCGCGAAUGGAGGCGCGGACGUGGCAGAGUUCUGCAUCCCGGCUGGAGGCGCCGCUGGAGGCAACUCGGCGGCGACGGGCGGGGAUCAGGUCUACCGGUUCCGCGCCCUGCCUCUGCCGGCGGCCGUCGCGGCCGCGGCCACCGCCACCCGGGGCACUCUCGGGCUCGCUCCGGGUCCGGCCGUGGCCCUUAACACCGUGGGCCGGGUCAUCGCGCCGCCGGCCCCCGCGCCUGCUGCUGCUGGCGCCCCUGCCGCCGCGGGCGGCCCGGCCGCUGGCGGCGUGGCGGGCCUCGCGGCGGCCCUGGGUGCGCCCGCUGCGGUCGGAGCCCCGGCCCCUGGAGCAGCGGCGGGCGCGCUCGUGCCGGCCGCAGCGCCCGCUGGGCCCGCGCCGGGAGGCGGGCUGGUGCCGGUGGCCGCAGCUCCCGCGGCUGGCGCUCCGUUGGCCGCUGGGCCCGUGGGCGUCCCCGCACCCGCGGCCGCCGCGCCCGCUGCCGCGGCCGUUGCGCCCGGAUGGCCUGACCUAGGGGCAGGCGCCCUGGCGAAUGCUUUCGCCGCGGUGGCGGCGGCCCCUGGCGGCGACGCGCGGAUGCAGGCCAUCGUCUUGGACUCCCAAGGGGUCCGCUACGUCGACUUCAGGACGGCCGUAAUGAGGAUGCACGAGUUACCUUGGCAUGACUGGCCGCUCAAAGGCCCCAGAACGUUGUUGUGGGUGCUGAACUACAUCUGCCGGAACGGUGGCACACCCCUCGGUCGCCACACCAAGUGGAAGGCCGAGGCCUACCUGGACGACGAGGACCCGGGGGUAGACGUGCACCUACUGUGCUGCAGGCUGUUGGAGUUCGGAGUCGUGUAUGAUCAGACUCAUGCGACCAAUCUAGCUUCUAUGGAACUGGUCGGCCGCACGCUGCAGACCCAGGAGGAGCUGUACCGCGACAGGUUCGCGCCCACGUCCGAGCACGGGAACGACGCUGCGCUGCUGUCCGGCGUCCAGGACGCGGGCAGCGGCAUCUGCAUGGCCCCGGCGCUGCGCGACUGGCUGGCCGCCGAGAAGUCGCGCGAGGCGGCGAUUGCCAAGGAGCGGCGCAAGGCCGUGGCCGCGGCGGCCGAGGCCGUGGGCGACGGGGCCGUGGGGGCGGCAAUACCCCAG